AUAAUAAAAAAUAAUAGAAAUUCAGGUGGAGGUAUCAUCGGGUGGUAUCUCAUCAAGGGAAGGGGAGGUAGUGGUGAAGUAUAAAGAGACACUCAAUACACCUCCAACAAUUUCAUCAUCUCCCUCUCUCUCUCUCUCUUGUUUCUCUCUCUUCAUUUACAUACACUGUUCCUUCGAUGCUCUUCUUCUCCAAUUAAUUUCCCCAAAAUUCACUCUACUUUCCGCCAUUAACUUCGCUUCUCAAUCGCUGCAAACAUGGGCGGCGAUAAGGCUCUCAGUCUCGAAGAGAUUAAAAAUGAAACUGUUGAUCUGGAGAAAGUACCCAUUGAAGAGGUGUUUGAACAGUUGAAAUGUAACCGAGAAGGUCUAAGUUCCGAUGAAGGGGCUGCAAGACUUCAAAUUUUUGGUCCUAACAAAUUGGAGGAGAAAAAGGAAAGCAAACUACUCAAGUUUCUUGGGUUCAUGUGGAAUCCUCUAUCAUGGGUCAUGGAAGCUGCAGCCAUUAUGGCAAUUGCACUGGCUAAUGGAGGCGGGAAACCACCCGACUGGCAAGACUUUGUCGGUAUUGUUUGCCUUCUUGUUAUCAACUCAACCAUCAGUUUUAUCGAAGAAAACAAUGCUGGAAAUGCUGCUGCUGCACUUAUGGCUGGUCUCGCCCCUAAAACCAAGGUUCUGAGGGAUGGUAAUUGGAGUGAACAAGAAGCUGCAAUCUUGGUUCCAGGAGAUAUUAUCAGUAUCAAACUUGGUGAUAUCGUUCCUGCUGACGCACGUCUCCUAGAAGGUGACCCCUUAAAGAUUGACCAAUCUGCCCUUACUGGUGAAUCGCUUCCUGUGAACAAGAACCCUUACGACGAGGUGUUUUCCGGUUCAACUUGCAAGCAAGGUGAAAUAGAAGCCGUCGUUAUCGCAACUGGUGUGCACACUUUCUUCGGGAAAGCCGCACACUUAGUGGAUAGCACUAACCAAGUCGGUCACUUCCAACAAGUUCUAACAGCUAUCGGAAACUUCUGUAUCUGCUCAAUCGCUGUCGGAAUGUUGGUUGAGAUUGUCGUCAUGUAUCCGAUUCAGCACAGGGAGUACAGAAAUGGAAUCGACAAUCUUCUGGUCUUGCUUAUCGGUGGAAUCCCAAUCGCUAUGCCGACGGUUCUUUCUGUCACCAUGGCUAUUGGAUCGCAUAGGCUUUCACAACAAGGAGCUAUUACUAAAAGAAUGACUGCCAUUGAAGAAAUGGCGGGAAUGGACGUACUUUGCAGUGAUAAAACCGGAACACUGACUCUUAACAAGCUUAGUGUUGAUAAAAAUUUGAUUGAGGUUUUUGCUAAAGGUGUCGAUAAGGAUCAGGUUCUGCUUUAUGCUGCUCGGGCUUCUAGGACCGAAAACCAGGACGCUAUUGAUGCGGCCAUUGUUGGAACCCUUGCUGACCCGAAAGAGGCACGAGCUGGAAUUAGGGAGGUCCAUUUCUUUCCGUUUAAUCCUGUUGACAAGCGGACAGCUUUGACAUACAUCGAUGAGCGCGGUAACUGGCAUAGAACAAGCAAAGGUGCUCCCGAACAGAUUUUGACCCUCUGUGGAUGCAAAGAAGAUAUGAAAAAGAAAGUUCAUGCAAUGAUUGAUAAAUUUGCUGAACGUGGGUUGCGUUCUUUGGCUGUUGCGAAACAGGAAGUACCUGAAAAAAACAAAGAAAGCCCUGGUGGUCCAUGGACGUUUAUCGGAUUGUUGUCGUUGUUUGACCCACCAAGGCAUGACAGUGCUGAGACCAUUCGCAGAGCUCUCAAUCUCGGUGUCAAUGUUAAGAUGAUUACUGGUGAUCAACUUGCUAUUGCUAAAGAGACUGGUAGACGACUCGGUAUGGGAACAAACAUGUACCCGUCUUCUUCUUUACUCGGUAACCACAAGGAUGCAUCGAUAGCCGCUAUCCCUAUUGAAGAGUUGAUCGAGAAAGCCGAUGGAUUUGCCGGAGUUUUCCCAGAACACAAGUAUGAGAUUGUGAAGAAGUUACAAGAAAGAAAGCACAUUUGUGGAAUGACUGGUGAUGGUGUGAAUGAUGCGCCUGCUUUGAAGAAGGCCGAUAUUGGUAUCGCUGUUGCCGAUGCUACAGAUGCCGCAAGGGGUGCUUCUGACAUCGUGCUUACUGAGCCCGGGCUUAGUGUCAUUAUCAGUGCAGUGCUUACCAGUCGCGCUAUUUUCCAAAGAAUGAAGAACUACACCAUCUACGCUGUUUCUAUCACCAUUCGUAUUGUGUUUGGAUUUCUGUUCAUUGCUUUGAUAUGGAAGUUCGACUUCUCUCCCUUCAUGGUUUUGAUCAUCGCAAUCCUUAACGACGGCACAAUCAUGACAAUCUCAAAGGAUAGGGUGAAACCAUCGCCAUUACCCGACAGCUGGAAGCUAAAAGAGAUCUUCGCCACCGGCAUUGUGCUCGGAGGUUACCUUGCAUUGAUGACUGUCAUAUUCUUCUGGAUCAUGAAAGACACAAACUUCUUCUCGGACACGUUUGGCGUUAAAUCUUUGAGACACAGUGAAGUUGAGAUGAUGGCUGCUUUAUAUCUUCAAGUCAGUAUAGUCAGCCAGGCUUUGAUUUUUGUGACGCGUUCUCGCAGUUGGUCGUUUAUCGAACGUCCCGGUCUCUUACUUUUGGGUGCCUUCUUAGCAGCACAACUGGUGGCAACGUUAAUCGCAGUGUAUGCAAAUUGGGAAUUUGCAAGAAUCAAGGGAGUCGGCUGGGGAUGGGCUGGUGUCAUCUGGCUCUACAGCAUCGUGUUCUACUUCCCGCUCGAUCUUAUGAAAUUCGCCAUCCGAUAUAUCCUUAGCGGGAAAGCAUGGAACAACUUGCUUGAAAACAAGACUGCUUUCACAAGCAAGAAGGAUUAUGGAAGAGAAGAGAGAGAGGCCCAAUGGGCUCUUGCUCAAAGGACAUUGCAUGGGCUCCAACAACCCGAAACCUCCAACAUCUUUAACGAAAAGAGCAGCUACAGGGAGCUGUCUGAGAUAGCGGAACAGGCUAAGAGGCGCGCUGAAGUUGCAAGGCUUCGGGAGGUGCUUACACUGAAGGGGCAUGUUGAGUCGGUGGUGAAGCUGAAGGGGCUAGAUAUCGACACGAUCCAACAGCAUUACACAGUGUGAGAGAGCAGUGGGAAACAAGUCUUUUGUUCUUUUAACUUAUUAUAUUAAUAGACUAGUAGAAGUUGAUAACUCGUGUGGGGAAAAGGUAUUUUGUGCUUUUGGAAUGUAACCCCCCGAAACUGUUUACUUGUUCUGUUUUUCUAGUGCAAUUCCAAGUAUUACAGCAUAUGGUUGCUGCUGUUUUGUGUAUGUUUUACAAAGAAUGAAAGCCAAGUCAAGUCUUUUCCAAAA